UAUCUGUUGUCCAUGAAACCUGUCGCAGAAGCAAUAGAUAGAUUGCAAGGCGAGAUAUAUUGCUACUAUGGAUAUCUGCUACCCACUUUAGUCGCUGCGCGUCGAAAACUGACACAACUACUAACUGAUGAACGUAUCCAGUACUGUCGGCCUUUAAUAGAUGGUUUAAGAUCUGCACUCGAGAGAAGGUUUCAAUCCUUUUUCAUUGUGUCUAAAUCCUGCCAAAAUGCAGCUAUUGCUGCGGUGAGCCACCUCAAAUUCAAGACGCGUUGGCUUGCUUGUCUUGAUGCAGUGACCCAGACGAGGGAAGCUGCAGUGCUCUUUGGUCACGGGGAGGCUGCAAUUCAAUUUCUCAGGUACUUAAACAAACCAAAUACGGAUUUGGGCAUGCUACGAGAUUUUCCAAUCAUGCGAUCCGUAUUUUUCAAGUAUAACACACCGCUACCAUCUUCAGCUCCCGUAGAACGUUCAUUCAGUUUUGCCACAAUGAUAAACUUACUUCGUUAUAACCGGCUAACCGAUUCACAUUUCGAGGAACGCGUUCUGUCGAAGGUAAGUGCCAAGAAAUCAUACCUCUGAUUGUGAGUUUGACACCAGU